AUGAAUCAGCUGAGCGAAUCGCUAGCGUCAACUGGGAAAAGUUGGUCCCUGUCAGACAUCUGCUUUAAGCCGGCUCCCCCGGAACUGGAUGGUAUUGCAGCAGAAAUGGCUGAUGUAAUCGAAAGAAUUGUUCCAUGCAUUUGGAUUACACCAAUUGACUGCUUUUGGGAAGGUGCCAAAGCCCUUGGGCCUCAUCCACCCAUUGAGACAAAAGAUCUAUCAUUAUUGGCUUGGUUGAAGUCGAUUCCCAAUAGAAAGUAUAUACAGUGGACAGAUUUUGACCCGAUGGACGUCAUUAAUGAAAUUCAUCGAAUGUUUAAUCUGGGUUCUCACCAUACCUUCUUUGAGAGGGCUGGUGUUGGCCAUGGAUAUCUGGAUAGACCAUGCAUGAACCCAUUAGACCCAGAGUGUCCUAAAAUGUCGCCAAAUUACUAUGACGUCUGUCCAAUGCUUGGGAAUUUCCGUGAUUAUGCCGAUAAGAACAAUAUCACCUUAGUGCCAGAUGAUUUUUCACAUGAUGUUUAUGAAUUUGAUUUAUUCUCAAUGUUUAGUGAGUUCCGACUUGACUCGUUUUUCUGGGUUAUUACAAGAUUUGCCUUCCUAGAUAUUGGAGGAAGUAAGCGCAGAAGAAAGCGAGAAGUAUCAAGAGAAACAGGGUUUCAAAUCAAUGAGACGGAGAUCCCAGUGCCCAUUAACCCAGAAAUUCUUGCGGCUCAGGAAGCUGAAAAAAAAGCUAAGGAAGAAAGAGAUGCUGCCGCCGCUGCUGAAGGUGGGAAGUUCCCAGGAUUGCAAGCACUACCGAGGGCCUAUGAUGCGCUGGAUGUUUGA